CAUGUGACCUGCCUAACACGGAAUCUCGAUACUGCACGAAUGUAGCAUUUCAAAGGUAUGAGCGAGGAUAUGAUUGGCGCAAGAGCGCAGCUCGAGCGGGAUUCCUUUCUAUUCGACCUGGAUCUGGGUAUAGGUCGGUGCGUAUGUAUGCGUGUCUCACAUGCACACAGAACGGAUGUGCCACCCGUCGAUUGCCUUGCCUUGGCUGGAUCGGACUUCGUUUGUUGUCUGUGUGUGUGUGUGAGUGUGUUUUCCCCUUCUAUUUUCUAUCGUGCGAUACGAGAUUGUUUCCUCAGCCACAAAACAUAAUCAGAACGAGGUAAAUUCUUGUGUCGAUCAGCCAGCUGUGUAUGCACGAGUCCGAGCCCGAAUCCAACGAAAUCGAUGAUCUAGUUGUUGUCAGAGGGCUUGUAGAAUCAGUGAUCUAUUAUUCCUUAUCUCUAUACACACUUUAACUUAUCCCAAAAAUAAGGAAAAAAUACUCUUAACUGUUAGUCUCCACCCCGGUGUGCGAAAAAACACGACCCACAAUCUCCUAGACGUGGUUUGCUUACCCACCCCCCCGCAAAAGAAAAAAUCCCCCACAACGCCAUCCCGUCACUCCCGUAAGCCAUCCCAAAUCCUGCAGCCACAGGCCGGCCAUACCAAGCGUGCGAGCAUGCAAGCUUGCUAUAUCGCCCCUCGAAUUAAUGCAUGCACACUUUUACACAGCCUACUAUGCUGACCCUCCCCAUCUUAACUUCCUAAUCCGGAGGGAUCGCGACUAUUGGAAGACCGCGGUGUGGGCGUGUGACUGUUGCCUACACC